AUGCCGGUAAGACGCUGGUUUCCCCCAGCAGGGUGUAAUAUGAAUGACGCUGGCUAUCCAUUCAGAGGAGAGUACAGGAUGGAACCACCACUCAAUCACGGACACGGCGGUGCGGGAGGAAAGCCUAUCACUAGUCUUCUGCUCCGCAUUACGGGUUCUAAUCUCGCGAUAGAGAAACUACAGCCAAGUAAAGGACAAACCAUUCAAUGUGAACUCGGUGUGGAUAAUAAACCACCAAAGACAGUAACUUUUCCUACAGGACCAGGGGCAGUUCCAGUUCCAGUACCAGGAGAUGGUCAUGAGUAUCACCUUACUGCUAUUGUACAAGCAGGUAAUGCAAAACAUUAUUGUAAAAUGAUAUUAAGUGGAAGUGAAGGAAAAAGUGUAUUACGUUUACGGGCACCAUUAGAUCCUCGAUUGGUAGAUAAUAUUAUUUUAAAAGUAGAUGGAAGAAGGAUAGACCCUGAAAAUGGAUGGUAUGCUAUUCCUAUUCAAGCAAAGGAGUGCUCACUAGAGGUUGUAGAAAAAGGACCUCCCUUACGUCCUUCACUUCAAUCCAUACCAACUAUGAUAUCAACACCUUCUACUAUUGUAUUACAAACUACUUUUGGAAAACAAGAGGAUCCAGUAAUUUAUUGUAGUGGAACUGGAGAAUCAUUUCAUUUAACACCAAAUAGACCUAUCGUAAUAGAAGUAAAUAGUGGUCCAUUUACAUUUCAACUACCUCGUUUAUCUGCACCAUCAACUCAUCAUAUACCACAAGGAACGUUUACAUCAUCUUAUACAGAACCUGUACCAGUGGAUUCUACAAUGUAUCGUAUUCCAGAAUUGGAAACUAGAAUUAUUCCUUCAGUAGAAACUGAUAUGAAUCCUCUUUCAUUUGUAGCUAUUGCAGAUGGUUUUAUGAUUGAACUGGUUGGUGAUAAUGGGGCAUCUGUUGCAGGAUAUGGUACAGCUAAACUUCCAUUACCUGACAGAAUGGAACAUCGUGUUCGUAUUACAAUUACAGAUUCCUCUGGCCGUGUAUUACUUAGACAAAAUUCUAUGGUACCAUCUACAGAGCGAGAACCAUUAAUGUUUAAUAUAACAGAAGAUCCACAAGGUACACAAAUUAUUAAAGGAAAACGUUUUUCACAUGUUGCUGUGGAUAAUCAUCCACCUGUGAGUGGUGAACAAGGUGUACCAUUAGAAAGUGGUGUACGUCAUGUUGUUACAGUUCAAGAUAAUGGUUCCUCUGCUAUUUUUGAAAUUGGUCCACACCGAACUUCUUCUAUUUCACCAACAGCAAUACCAACAACAACAGCAGUACCAGGUGUUACUCCAUCAUUUCAGAGAGAACCAUGGAUUGAGCAACUUGCCAAUGCUUUACAAUGUCCAGAUUUGGAUAGUGCUCGUCGUGGGGUACAAAGUAUUAUUCCAUCUACUCCUGAAUCCAAUACGAUUGUUGGUUUUGUUUCUGAACAAUUAUUUAAAGUACCCCCUACAAUAUCUUUUAUUAAACAGAAUGAUACGGUGAGUGAUAUUCAAUGUGCAGGGUAUAGUGUAACUGCGGCUCUAGAUAAUUCAACUCCAUGUAUUAUUGGAGCUAGAGGAAGUGUACAAGUUCCUGGAGGUCAUAAUUUAACAUUAUCUGCAAUUACACCUUCUACUGGACGAGUGGCAGCUUCUUGCUGUAUGCAGUAUCCAUUACCGGAAAGGAAUUUGGAUGAAUUACUUGUAGCUCGAUUAUUAGAUGCCUUUCAACGACAUAACAGUACUCCAGAGAAUGUAUAUGCAGAGUUGGGAAAUAUUACAUCUCCCUUAUCAGGGAAUGGACAACGCUUUUUACCUCUUUUACAAGAAUGUUUACGUCGUCUUUUGGAUAUGUCUAAACGUUUUAUUCAUUUACAUGCUGCGGAGACUGCUGAAAAUACACGACUUGUUAUCUCUAUAGAUAAUCAACGUCCCAUAGAAUUUUUAACAGGAUCUGUAAUGGAUGUUCCAAGUAAUAUUAAUGAUAUUCGUCUAUCUAUUCAAGCAACUCCAUCAACAAUAAGAGCUUCACAAAAUGAAUUUGCGAAAAGAUUGGUGGAUGCAUUUUAUAAAGAAUCACCACCACCCUUAUAUAAUCGUUGGUCCGUUAUUCCAACAGAAGGACCAGAUGAAAGAGCUCUUUUAGAUCUUCUUUUACAAAUGUUACGAGAUCAUGAAAAUGAAUUAGCACGACAACGUGCACAAACUUCUAUUUCUGGACCAAUAGAUGCUAUUCAAUUUACAUCUACUGGUGGUUGUUUAAAAAAUAUUAGAACUGAAAGACCUUGUAGACUUAGUGUAGAUGUAGAUGGAACAGGAUUUAUGCAACUUUUACAAGGUGGAGAUAUACCACAAGGUUACGCUUUUCCACCAGGAUCUUCACAUCGUGUUCACAUUAUUGCCAGAGAUCCUGAAAGUGGAGCACCAUGUGCAGAAACACAAGUUACAUUAAUGGGAACAGAACCGAUAGAAACAACUAGAGUAGCAUCAUUUCUUCCAUCAUCAUGCUUUUUGGAUACUACAGUUUCACAAGUUGGAGAAGAAGUACAUGUUCGUUUUGUAUGUCCAUCUAAACUUCGUAUUGUUUGUAAUGUUGAUGGUAUCAGUACUGGAGAUACUGGUAAAUCGGAUUAUACUGCUAAAAUGAAUCCUGUAUUUCAACAUAGAGUUCAUGUGCAAUUACUGGAUGAUUCCGGAAAUGUUGUAUUUGAACAACGAUUUGUUUUACCUCCCAUGAUGAUAUCUCUUUGGUCUAUUGGUCUUGAAAACUCUUCUAUACAAGUAGAUAAUACUUCUACUACUUCUACUUCUACUACUGUUGGUAAUGGAAUUAUUGUGAAAGCCUCAUUAGAUCGAUCACCAGAGAGAGAAUUAACGGCUCCUUUACCUUUUGACAGUAAUGAACCCCAUACAGUAUUACUUCGAAAGUAUUUUACUGGUUCUGAUGGGUAUGCUGGUGAAGUCUCUUUACGUGUGCCGGCCUUUAUAGAUCCAAUUUACGUGCAGGAAGUCUCUGGUUUGUAUAGAAGACCUCGACAAAAUGGUGGAACGGAGGAUCUUCGAUCUGAUCUGAAUGCCUUAAAAGCCCGUAUUCCAUCUAAUGUCGUUAAAGAUCUUAUUAACGCACUUAUAGAAUAUUUAGUUCCUGAAUCUCAUCACACUCGAAGCGUUAGUAGUGGAGAAACGCGUAUUCACUUUAGGUUGAGUGGAGAUGAAUCACUUUAUGUUAAUCGAUAG